AACACUAGGCUGCUAGAUUACUGCGCGUUUUCGGUCCUUUACAACACGCGCGGACAACAUUUGAUGCCGAGCUGUAAUAGCUGAAAAUUAAUUUUAUAAUUUUGUAUACGCAUCGUUUUUAAAAACUCCAGCAACAUGGCCACGGCUGAAGCCCAGAUCGGUGUGAACAGGAAUUUGCAGAAGCAGGACCUCAGCAACUUGGACGUCUCCAAGCUUACGCCUCUUUCGCCGGAGGUCAUCUCGCGACAGGCAACCAUCAACAUCGGCACCAUUGGUCAUGUGGCUCACGGCAAAUCCACGGUGGUGAAGGCUAUCUCCGGCGUGCAGACGGUGCGUUUCAAGAACGAACUGGAGCGCAACAUCACAAUCAAGCUGGAACGCUUAAGCGAAAAGAAAAUCACAAAAUUGUUGAGCUCCAAGAAGCAGCGACAGCAGUAUGAGAUCAAGCAACGUUCCUUCGUGCGGCAACUGGCCGAAAAUCGGCGCCAAAGUCGGUUGCGGAAACUCGGCGCGAUGUCAGUUCAAUCCUCAUUGCAAAACUUGGACAGACGCCUCAGUCAUCGGAGCAGCAGCCAGGCCUCACUAAGUCCAAGCAACAGCAGCGGCUAUGGAAGCGUUUUCGGCUGCGAAGAUCAUGACGUGUUCCAAUUUCUAAGCCUUAAGGUAUCCGAGAAUCUAAAGCGUCGACGUAGCAACGGGAUUAGCACACCGACUCCCAACUCCAAGCGGUCUAAGAACAACGAGGGAGUUAUUGUCAAAAGGCCGCCCAAAGGUGAAUACGUUGUUGAGCGGAUCGAGUGCGUGGAAGUCGAACGGUACCAGCCUGUAUUUUUUGUCAAAUGGCUGGGAUAUCACGCCAGCAAAAACACCUGGGAGAGCCUUGACCACUUGGCCGACUGCGCUCAAAUGGAAGAAUUUGUAGAGCGGCACCACCAGCUUUACAAGCCAUACAUAGCUAAGGUAACCAGUGAGCUUGAGGAGCAACUGGCAACCUUACCGCUGAUGGAAAACAUAAGUGUAGCCGAGGUGGAUGCCUAUGAUCCCCUUCCUCUGCAGCUUGACCUUAUCCUGCUUGCUCAAUACCGGGCGGCUAGCAGUCGCAGCCAAAAAGAACCGCAGAAAAUUGGAGAACGAGCCUUGAGGAGUAUGCAACUUAAGAGGGCUCACUCCACACGGCGCAAGCAGCUCCUUGACCUUGCCAAAUUUGAGGAGCGCAUGAAUCAAGUUGAGCAGCCGUCGCCUCCGAUACGAGUUGAGAACAACGUGGAUCUGGAAACGAUAGACAACAAUUUUAUGUACAUUCAGAAUAACAUAAUCGGCGAAGGAGUUCCCAAGCCAGAAGCGGGGAUUCUGGGAUGCAAGUGCGCAGACGAGAACGGAGUAGAAGGGUGCACCCCCUCUACGAAGUGCUGUGCCAAAAUGGCCGGGGAGCUGUUCGCCUACGAGCGAAGCACACGGCGCUUGCGCCUGCGUCCGGGUAGUGCAAUCUACGAGUGCAAUAGUCGUUGCCCCUGCGAUGAAAGCUGCUCCAACCGACUGGUGCAACACGGUCGUAAGAUUCCGUUAGUGCUUUUCAAGACGAGCAACGGCAGUGGCUGGGGAGUGCGCACCCCAACUGCCCUGCGAAAGGGAGAGUUCGUGUGCGAGUACAUCGGCGAGAUCAUCACCAGCGACGUGGCCAAUGAGCGCGGAAAGGCGUACGACGACAAUGGCAGGACGUACCUGUUCGACUUGGACUACAACACGGCCCAGGAGAGUGAGUUUACAAUCGAUGCGGCGAACUAUGGCAACAUUUCGCACUUUAUCAACCACUCGUGCGAUCCGAAUCUUGCCGUGUUCCCCUGCUGGAUUGAGCACCUGAACGUGGCUCUGCCGCAUCUCGUGUUCUUUACGCUGCGUCCAAUUAAGGCGGGCGAGGAGCUGAGCUUCGACUACAUCCGUGCGGACAACGAGGAUGUGCCCUACGAGAAUCUCUCGACGGCUGCGCGUGUCGAGUGCCGCUGCGGAGCGGACAAUUGCCGGAAGGUCCUCUUUUAAAUAUUCGCGGACUUUUUUUUUACAUUUCCCUUUGAAUUGCAUUGACUUGAAUUUUUUUUUAACACAUUUGUUAAUACUUGGCGCUUGCUGCCCAAAUGUAUGCUGAUUUUAAUUAUUUAUUUUAUAAUUGUUUGCACUGCCAAAUGCGAUUGUGGAAGAAUUAUGGAUCUAUGUGAAGUUUGAUAAGGACUCGACUAGAUAAUUAAGUGCAAAGUUUAUCUUAAUUGUAAAGUAAUUUUUAUACAUUUCCUUAAUUGUAUUAUCGACUAGGUUACACUUGUGUUUUGACAAACUACUUUACAAUGUGCUGAAAUUAUAUACGGCAUUUAUGUAUAACCGAUUUCAAAAUAAAUAUAUUAUGUGAAUUAA